CCCCCUCUCUCACUGCUGAUCAGGAAAUGCGAGACACGGGGUUAACCCCCACAGAGACCACAAACAAACACGUGAAACAGGAAGCCUGAGGUCCGGGUCUCAGUGAGACCUCCAUCUCUCGGGCAAAUGGGAGCAGUCAAUGGUCCUGUGCUGUGGAGGUUCCAGUAUUGCCUCCUGAUGUUGGCGAUAAUCUGGGGUUCGGGAGUCGCAGAUGGAACUUGUCAGUGUGACAGCAAAUCUGACUUCAGGACAUUUGAUUUUGGACAGCUCAGCGAGCAGUGCUGCCUAAACUUCACUGGCUCCUCCAUUGGUGUCCUUCAAUGGAGUGUUUUCACUCAAUGGAUGGGGAUCCAGGUGUUAGACCUGUCAAAUUGCAACAUAUCCAGCGUCCAGGAUGGGGGUGAAAUCCCAACCUCUUUGGAGGACUUGUAUCUGGACCACAAUCAGCUCCAACUAUUACCUUCUGGUUUCCUAGGAAAUGCCCCAGGUUUAAAGAUCCUUCACUUGGAGAAUAACCAACUUCGAGAGUUGCCUGAAGCCAUGUUGUCAGCCUCCCACCAGAUACAAGAAGUCUACUUGGGUUGUAACCGUUUGGUUUCUGUGCCUUCCGGGGUGUUUAAAAAAAGCCUUGGCAGAUUGUCUCUUCACAAUAACAGCUUGCAGUGUUCAUGUGCUCUAUACGACAGUUUAACAGAAUAUUUUGCUGGUAACAGAAGCAGUAGUGGGCCAGAGAACAUUAUGUGCUUCACAGCAAACCAACCACAAGGUCUCGACAUUCAAGCCAUCAAUCGGUCAAAUAUCUGCAGGUCCCACGGCCUCACCGCUCUCUUUGUUUGUCUGCCGCUAGUUGUGAUUUUGAUUCUGGUGUUGUUCUGGUACUGCUGCAGGACACAGAAAUAUGACUUCAAUGUUAUGAGACAGGACAACAACAUCUCCACAAUUGAGAAGUCUGGCUUCACCAGUGUGGGAGAACAUCACUAUAUAAUAUGUAGGACUCCAGAGUCACCUACAUGGCAGGAAAAGAGCUGUGUCACCAGAAACCAGCUCCUGUUACGUCCCUCUGCAGACCUGCUAGGGAGCAGCAGAGACUUGUAUGAAGAGGUGGAGAUAAAGCCGGCCGGGCUUGUUGAUUUAGCCCCACAGGUUGAUGAGGUUUAUUUGAACAUAUCCAAUGGCAAAGUGGAAGAGGAAGAGGCUGUAGAGGAAGUGCAGGUUGAACCUGAUCGUGUGAGUGUCCCAGAGGAGAUGCACGAGGCAGAUCGUCACAUACUCUACAUGAACAAGUCGGCAAACUAUUAUAAUCUCGUCCCUGCCAUCGAGCUGGACGACUCAGAUCACGGAGAAUAUGAAAAUGUCGACUUGUCCUAGUGAUCAGGAGCCAUUGGCAACCAGCGCCUUCAAACCAGAGAUUAACAAAAUUGACAGGGUAGGGAACUGGUUUGGGCUGGUGAAGGUGGACAGAGGAAAGUUGUUUAGCUGGAUUCCUUGGGUCAGAGAGGAAAGGGUAAUCACUGGCAAUUUACUGAGAUUAAAAUGCAGGAUUGUUAUCAGAGUAACAGCCCAGCAUUGGAUGGCUUCAAGUGACUUAAUUUGUUACAGUGGCUCAGCACAGAGUAUGGUUUUAAAGUUGUGCCGUCCACAGUUUCUGUCAUGACAAACAAGUCCAGGGUAAACACGGAGUCAAAGGAGGAAAAGUGUGGAGGAGAAGCAGCAACGUGGUGUCAGCAACUCACUGUCAAUUUCCCAAUAUGAUAUUUUUGAACAAUUUGAAAAUAUCAUUGAUUGGCUUUGAAGGCAUGCCGGAAAUACUGUAUAAUCAUCACAAGCACCGUUUCUACACACUCUACAGCAGACACCACACAAUGGAUCUAUGAUUCUGGAACUAUGAACUUGUUCAAAGAACUCCCAGGUCCAAAUUUCAGGGAUUUCACGUUAGUUUUAAGUUUAGUAAAAGUUUGGAUUUAAUGCUAGUGCCGUAAGUUUGUUUGGGUCCAAUGUUUAGUGUUGAACUGUUAGUGCCAUCUAGAGACAGGUAUCCAGUGACAGAUAUUAGAACCUCACCCUUUGCUUUUAUUGAUAAGUUGCCUAAUUGGAUCACUUUAAGUUGAUCCUGUGAAGUGCACUGGGAAAAGCAAUGAUCCAUCCAUAAGGGUAGAGCCGUGACGGGGAGUACACAGGUUUGGAUACAUUAUCUUCUCCCAAUCUCAUGUAUAGACUGAAGAGCAUCUUUUCCAACAACUUAACACCACAAACACUCUCGUUAUAAUUGAUACCCGCUGCCUCUUUUUUUUGCUGUAUAUAUUCAAAGCAACUUCCAAGUGUGGAUGGAGAGAGAACAUUCCAUAACCAUCUGAAGAGUGACAAAGGAAGAUUAAAGGACCCGAUAGACAGACUAUUUUUCAGCUGGUCUCCAGGAUAAUGCUACGCAAUGAACCAUAUCUGGACAAGCAGAGAGACAGAUCACCCAUGUCACUUGAUGCAUCUUCAAAGUCACUCUUCCUCGGCAUUUCCCUCGUCAUAGAGAGAUGUUUUGAUCUCAGUCUUUCCCAAAGUCACUGUGCUGUGAGGGGUGGAAAGUUAUCACUCAAUCACUCACCCAACUCUUAGGCACUGGUUGGAGAGCAAUGGGAAGAAGCUAGUAAUACAAGUUGGAAUCUACUUAUGAUGUGGUUCAUUAGGGCUCACUGUACUUGGAAGUAACACACUAUAAUUUUAAUAAUAUGCCACUGGAUAUUUUUAUAAACAAAUAUUGCUUUAGGCUUUUGUUUCAAGAUGUCUGUAAUAAUAAAAAUGUAACAUAAAACUAAAUUGCUAUUCUGUAUAUAUUUAAUGACCCGGAAACUGGUUGUUUACCAUUAGUGCUUCAUAUACUGUAUUUAACAAAUGUUUGUGUUUCCUAGUCUACAUGUUGUUAGAGACUGGAUCCAUGUGUAUACAGUUAUGGUUGAUGUAAUCCUAUGUUGCUAAUACAAUAUUCUUUCAAAUAGAA